AUGCCGACCGCAGAGCCACGCCCGCAGACUUUGUACGACAAGGUCCUCCAGGAUCAUAUCGUUGAUGAGAGACUGGAUGGAACCAUUCUGCUGUAUAUCGACAGGCAUCUGGUCCAUGAGGUCACUUCUCCUCAAGCUUUCGAGGGUUUGAAGAAUGCCGGCCGCAAGGUCCGACGCCCAGAUUGCACUCUGGCUACUACCGAUCACAACGUCCCUACCACGUCGCGGAAGAACCUCAAGAGCAUCGAGACCUUCGUCGAGGAGGAGGACUCCCGCCUGCAAUGCAUGACCCUCGAAGACAACGUCAAGGACUUCGGCAUCACAUACUUCGGCCUCGGUGACAAGCGCCAGGGCAUCGUGCAUAUCAUCGGCCCCGAGCAAGGCUUCACCCUCCCCGGCACGACCGUCGUCUGCGGCGACUCGCACACGUCUACACAUGGGGCCUUCGGAUCUCUGGCCUUUGGUAUCGGCACCAGUGAGGUCGAGCACGUCCUUGCGACGCAAACCCUCAUCACCAAGCGUAGCAAGAACAUGCGGAUCCAGGUUGACGGCGAGCUCGCCCCUGGCGUCUCCUCCAAGGAUAUCAUCCUCCACGCCAUCGGACAGAUUGGCACGGCUGGUGGCACGGGUGCCGUGAUUGAGUUCUGCGGAUCCGCUAUCAAAUCCCUCAGCAUGGAGGGCCGCAUGUCGAUCUGCAACAUGUCGAUUGAAGGCGGUGCCCGAGCUGGCAUGGUUGCACCUGACGAAGUCACAUUCGAGUAUCUCAAGGGCCGCCCGCUGGCCCCCAAGUACGACUCGGAGGAGUGGAAGAGAGCCGUCAAGUACUGGGAGGGGCUUAAGUCUGACCCGGGCGCCCAAUAUGACAUUGACGUUUUUAUUGACGCGAAGGACAUUGCACCGACUGUUACCUGGGGAACCUCGCCCGAGGACGUCGUACCGAUCACGGGCAAAGUUCCUGAUCCGUCGACUUUCGCUACGAAGGAUAAGCAGGCCAGUGGACAGCGCAUGCUGGAGUACAUGGGACUCACUGCGGGCAUGCGGAUGGAGGAUAUUGUGCUGGAUAAGAUCUUCAUUGGCUCGUGCACAAAUGCGAGAAUUGAAGAUUUGAGAGCAGCGGCGGCGGUGCUCAAGGGCAGGAAGAUCGCGGCAAACAUUAAGAGAGCGAUGAUUGUUCCUGGCAGUGGGCUCGUGAAAGACAAGGCCGAGGCCGAAGGUCUGGACAAGAUCUUCACUGAUGCUGGGUUCGAGUGGCGUGAGGCUGGCUGCAGUAUGUGCCUGGGCAUGAACCCGGAUAUCCUGUCGCCAAGGGAGCGUUGUGCCAGUACCUCUAAUCGCAAUUUUGAAGGUAGACAAGGAGCCUACGGACGCACUCAUUUGGUCUCGCCUGUUACUGCUGCUGCGUGUGCUAUUGUCGGCAAGCUUACCGAUGUCCGGAAACUCGCAGGAUACGAAAACUUUACCCGGAAAUCCACCCCUCCUCCCAUGGAGAUCAAGCCCCACGUCGACGAGCGAGUUGAGAGUGACGAUGCUGAGUGCGAGAUGAUCGGUGACCAGCCUGAAGACAACGAGCCACACACCAACACCAUGUCCGCUGCCACAUCUGCCGGUCUCCCCAAGUUUACUGUCUACAAGGGUAUCGCCGCUCCUCUCGAACGUCAAAACGUCGACACGGACGCCAUCAUCCCCAAACAGUUCCUCAAGACCAUUAAGCGCACCGGCCUCGCCUCUGCUCUCUUCUACGCCCUCCGCUUUAACGAGGACGGCUCCGAGAAGCCCGAUUUUGUCCUCAACCAGCCCCAAUACCGCAAAUCCAAGAUCUUGGUCGUCACUGGGCCCAAUUUUGGAUGUGGAUCGUCGCGCGAACACGCCCCCUGGGCUCUACUCGACUUUGGCAUCAAGUGCGUGAUCGCGCCUUCUUUCGCUGACAUCUUCUUCAACAACACGUUUAAAAACGGGAUGCUGCCCAUCGCCAUCACCAACAAGGCCGAUCUGGACGCCAUCACAGCCGAGGCGCACGCCGGCCGCGAGAUCGAAGUUGACCUUCCAAACCAGGUGAUCAACAACGCGGCAGGCGAGAAGAUCUGCAGCUUCGAGGUCGAGGAGUUCCGCAAGCACUGCCUAGUCAACGGCUUGGAUGACAUUGGACUCACGAUGCAGAUGGAGGAGAAGAUCAAUGCUUUUGAGCGCAAAAUGAGCACCGUAACGCCGUGGCUGGAUGGCAGUGGGUACCUCAAGCGCGCCAAGAAUGGGAGGCUAGCGGUGAAGGCUGUCCCGGUCAAGAAGACGAAUCGCGGGGAGGAGAUUAAGGAGCCGCUUGAUUGGUAG